CAUUCCCCCCCUGUUCGUUGGUGGUACAAGAGCACUCUCGCUUUCUUCAGAUCGUGCUUGAAAUAGAGUCCCAAAUGCAGAUGCAAGCAACAAGUGAAAGGCGUGCCGCCACUUCAAGCUCUGCCUCUUCAACUGCUGCGGGCCUUCGGCGUUCCCCACCAGAAGAAACGUUUAUGACCUUCGCCGACUUGAUUCCGACACUCCCCCCAUCGGACAACGACAACAGGCUGUCAUCCAGGGUACAGAUGAUUGUAGCAGGCACAGCCGCUGUCAUCGCUGCCCUCGUGCUGCUGAUCAGCUUGGCCACAGCGUUGGCUCUACGGAAAAGACCAAACGGGCCAGAGGACACUUUCGGGAUGGAAAUUCCUACAGAAUUGAGACCGAGGUCAAAGGCUGCGUACUCCUGCAGCACCGACUACUGCAGCAAAGAAGCCGAGCUCAUAGCACAAAGCGUGAACAAGAGCAAGACCAGUGCGUGUGACGACUUCUACGACUUCGUCUGCCACGGGUGGCUCCAGGAGAACCCCAUAACUGCUCAGGCAUCCAAGACCUCUUACCAGCUGAACCUGAAGGAACGUAUUGAGGCUGGGUUGCUAGCUUUUGUAGAAGCGGAAUCUCCGAGACCCAACACGAUGGUACCUUCCUACAACGUAUCUGUCGUCAGCAAAUAUGUUGCCUUCGUUCGAGGCUGUCAACAGAAAGCGUCUAUCGAAGCCGUCGGGGUGAAACCACUUCGACGAGUGCUUGCCGAUUUAGGCUUACGUGAGUGGCCUAGUACACGAGUGCAUGAACCGAACGUGGAAGAAGUGGCAGCGCGCGUAAUGCGUGACCUUGGUGAAGCCACACUCUUUAGCGUGACCGUCGACUGGGACAUCGCUAAUAAGUCCAAGAAUAUUCUAACGAUUGAUCAGCCGCCACUGCCGAUGAUGAGGGGACACUUACUGGGCAACGCGAAAAACCUCGAGGCUUAUCGAAACCUUGUCAAGACAGCUAUGGCACUCAUCAAGCCCAGGGAGCCACUGGAAGGCCUCGCCGGGGACGUCAUGAACUUGGUUCAUCGUAUGGCCAGGUCGACCAAGACAGAAAAAGAACGGAUGAAAAUAGGUGUGCAUUUCUUGAGAGAACGUCUGGACAGUUUGCAAGGGAAGUCUAAGUGGAACUGGAGACUCUUCCUGAACACCAUCCUCGCUGGAAUCCACGUACUGGAGCCGCGAGACUUCGUGCGCGUCAAGACUCCGUUCUACAUGGUCCACAUGUCUCGGAUCCUUAGCACAGUGUCCAGCGCCAACCUAUUUAAUUUCGUCGGCUUCCAAGUCGUCCUCACAUUGUCACCCCUGCUCUUCGAGCCUGCACAAGGAAUAUCUCAGCUGAGACUACGGAGACGAUUCGAAUCUAAAGGAGAAGAGAGCACCAGUCAAAAGAUAUGCCUCCAUUUGGCGGAAGAUGCCAUGCCUCUAGCUACGCUCCACACGUACGCUACCAUCUUCCACAAGCUCUACCAGCCUAGCGUCGAAAGGGUGAUGUAUACCGUGGAAAACAUCCGCUAUUUCAUGAAAGUCUUCGUAGACCAGACCUAUUGGAUGGAAGACGCAGCGAAAAUGGUAGCAAAAUAUAAGCUUCAGAAUAUGAAGGUGAACGUGUUUUAUCCCCCCUGGGUUUUCGAUACGGAGAAGUUGGGAAGAAUCUACGCUCAGGCCAUCGUAAACACUAAGGAAAUAGCAGAGAGCUACUACCUUGCUCGCAGGGCUUCCAUGCGACAUUACUGGUUGCGCUUUGACAUGCACGGCACGGAAACUUAUUGGGUUGGAUCAACCUUUGACACGGACUGCACUUACGAUUGCCUGACCAACUCGCUUUACAUACCGAUGGGACUGUACAGCGAGCCAGUUCUUCACUCCGACAUUUCUGCAGUAAUGAGCGUUUCCAGGCCCGGUGCUCGAAUUGCACAUGCCAUGUUAGCAGCCAUCGACAGGAGAGGUUCUCAGUUCACGGUGUCCCAGAUGUACCAGAAGUGGUGGACAGAGGAGACGCUUUUUAGAUACGCGCAGACUCAAUCCUGUUUCAUCGAACAGUAUAAAAGUAUAGUGGACCGGAAGCUACACGUCAGGCUAACAAGUACCGGAAGCACGGAUGUCAACAUCGCUGAUAAUGCCGUUCCGGAGGUAUUGCUUGAGGCUUUCUUGCAAACCAUCCAAGACCUGGAUUUAGACGAGAACUCCUACGUCAUUGCUGGUCUGGGGAAGUUCAACAUCAAGCAGAUCUUCUACAUGUCGUACGCCAUGGGCUUCUGCGAGGACCAAAGGGAGGAUCUCCUGAAGAAGGAGUUACUUCACGGAGUCUCGAGUCCUCCAAAAUAUCGCAUCAACAUCCCUUUCGGCAACCUCCCCGCUUUCUCUGAGGCUUUCUCCUGUCAUACGGGCGCGCCCAUGAACCGAUCUUCCCGUUGCUCCCUGUGGCAGUCCUACCCCGCAGAAGGUAUCCACAGGAGUGAAUAAAUGUUACGAUAAUGUA